AAUUAAUUCCUGUCUGCCUCUCCCGGGCAGAUCUUCUUUGGGAAGGAUUUUUCAUCAUCAUAGGAAUGAAUAGAGAGUAAUUCUGCACACAUUCUUAAUUCCUCUUGGAAGACAGGUAAGCUGGAGAGAGAGGAAAGAAUGGAUAUAGUUGAUAGUCUAUUUUUGAAUGGCAGUAAUAUUACUCCUCCCUGUGAACUUGGAAUUGAAAACGAGACCUUUUUCUGCUUGGACCUACCUCGUCCUCCCAAAGUAGUUUGGCAGCCAGCGGUGCAGAUUCUCUUAUAUUCCGUGAUAUUCCUGCUCAGUAUCUUGGGGAACACCCUGGUGAUCACCGUGUUGAUCCGGAACAAGAGGAUGAGGACGGUCACUAACAUAUUUUUGCUCUCCCUGGCUGUCAGCGACCUCAUGCUCUGCCUCUUCUGUAUGCCCUUCAAUCUCAUUCCCAACCUGCUCAAGGAUUUUAUUUUUGGGAGUGCUGUCUGCAAGACCACCUCUUAUUUCAUGGGUAUCUCGGUCAGUGUAUCUACUUUCAAUCUGGUCGCCAUCUCUCUAGAGAGGUACAGCGCAAUCUGUAAGCCCCUGCAGUCAAGGGUCUGGCAGACCAAGUCCCACGCCUUGAAGGUGAUCACUGCCACUUGGUGUCUCUCUUUUAUGAUCAUGUCACCGUACCCCAUUUACAGCAACUUGGUUCCCUUUACCAACUAUAACAAUCAGACGGCCAAUAUGUGUCGCUUCCUGUUGCCGAGUGAUGUCAUGCAACAGUCCUGGCACACAUUCCUGUUACUCAUCCUCUUUCUCAUUCCUGGAAUUGUGAUGAUGGUAGCAUAUGGAUUAAUCUCUUUGGAACUCUACCGAGGAAUCAAGUUUGAUGCCAGCCAGAGGAAAUCUGCCAGAGAAAGGAAGGCCAGCACAGGGAGCAGCGGCAGAUAUGAAGAUGGAGAUGGCUGCUACCUGCAGAAGUCCAAGAGGAGAAAGAAGCUGGAGCUCCAGCGGCUGUCCAACAGCAGCAGCAUCAAGGUGGACCGAGCCCGCAGCAGCAGCUCGGCCGCCAACCUGAUGGCCAAGAAGCGUGUGAUCCGGAUGCUCAUCGUUAUCGUGAUCUUGUUCUUCCUCUGCUGGAUGCCCAUCUACAGCGUCAACGCCUGGAGGGCCUACGACACCACCUCGGCCGAGCUGCUCCUCUCCGGAGCUCCCAUCUCCUUCAUCCUCCUGCUUUCCUACACCUCCGCUUGCGUGAACCCCAUCAUCUACUGCUUCAUGAACAAGCGCUUCCGGCUAGGCUUCCUGUCCACCUUCACCUGUUGCCCUCACCCCAACCCUCCGGGAAUGAGAGGAGAAGGAGGUGAAGAGGAAGAUGGGAGAACCAUGGGAGCAUCUCUGACCAGGUAUUCCUACAGCCACAUGAGCGUCUCUGCCCCUCCCACGUGAGCUGUCCCACGUUCCCACUAAAGGAAGAGGAGGAAGAGAGAGGGUUGCGUUUACUAGGGAAACAUUGGGCAGCUCAUCUCAUGGAGGAUCCAGAGAGGGAGUACCAUCUGGUUUGCUGCCUUCGUGGCUUCUGAAGACAGUUUGAAGGCAAAGAUCCCUCCAACUAAAACUACCCACGAAAAAGGAAGAACAUGGAUGGACAAGAAAUCAGACUUGAAUUUGGCUGCCAUGUUUGUGGCUGUCAAGUCCAAAUAGAGAAAGUAAACAUGGAACCUGCUUGUCCCAUAGUGGACUCUCUAUGUCAAAAUCUCCAUGUAGUGUGUCCUAUCUCAGUACCUGUGCUUUAUCUCUUUUUUCUGAUGUAAAGUUACAGAGUCCCUGGAAAUAUAUAUUAAAGUCAUUUAUAUGCCAGAUUCCCUUGCCCCCAGCUUAUUAUGAACCAGUAUUGAUAACAUUGCAAGGAUUCAAAGAGGAAGUUCUUUGGGUCGUUUCCUAUUCUGUGGCAUCUUGAAGAUCUAAGGAACAUUGUCUAUGAAACAAUUCUAUAACUUGUCAAAAAUGAGAGAAGAGAUGGGAGAAAAGGGGAGAAGGAGAAAG